UUAACUUUGUUUGUGCAUUUAAAAUUCCGGUUCUGCCCCUGAUUACUGUCAUCUGUCUUUACUCCGUAUUUUCUAAAAAAACCUUUGUCAACUUCCCAUCAUUCACCAGUACUCCAAAUCAAGAAACCAAACAGGAAACUUGGGAAAAUCAAUGGACCUGCUGGGGCUGGUGAAGAAGCUGUGGAAGGCAUGGAACCUGAAAGGAGUCAUUCUCCUCAGCCUCUCCCUCCAGACGUUCCUCAUCCUAUUUGGCUCCCUCAGGAAGAGGACCGCCAACACCGUCGCGAUCAUGUUCAUUUGGAUUGCCUACUUGCUCGCUGACUGGGCAGCAAGCUUCGCCGUUGGUCUUAUCUCGAAGGCCCAAGGAGCCGCUCCACCUGGCGAGGGUGAUAAUGCUGACCUCCUGGCCUUCUGGGCACCGUUCCUCCUCGUCCACCUUGGAGGCCCUGACACCAUCACCGCUUUCUCCCUCGAGGAUAACGAGCUUUGGCUUCGGCACUUCCUUGGUCUUGCCUUCCAGGUAGCAGCCGCAGUUUAUAUCUUCUCCCAGGCUUUUCCCGAAAACAAGCUCCUGUUCCCAACGAUCCUUCUCUUCAUAUCUGGCACGAUCAAGUUUGUGGAGCGGACACGGGCCCUGUAUCUUGCUAGCGCGAAGAGCUUCCGCGAGUCGAUGCUGACUGAACCUGACCCAGGUCCCAACUACGCAAAGCUGAUGGAUGAGUACUCCUCGAAGCUUGAGGCAAACCUCCCGACCAAGAUCAUCAUGAUUGCAGAACGCAACAACAGGAUUGCAUCCCAGAAAGUCGAGGCAUUUGGAGCUUCCGAUGACUAUGAGCUGGACAAUAUAGAAAUUGUGAAGCAGGCAUAUAGGCAGUUUAAGACCUUCAAGGGGCUGAUCGUAGACCUCAUCUUCAGCUUCCGCGAGCGGGACAACAGCCGAGCCUUCUUUCACAAUACGAAGGCUGAGGAAGCGCUGAGCCUAAUCGAGGUGGAGCUCAACUUCUUCUAUGAUGUCCUCUACACCAAGAUCGUGGUUGUGAGGCAGAAGGUUGGGUACAUUUGCCGGUUCGUCUGUUUCGCCUGCGUGGCCAUUGCUUUGUUUCUCUUUUAUGGUAUGGACAAGAAGGGAUUCCACACGAGCAAUAUUGAUAUAACCUUCACCCUGCUUAUUGGGGCUCUAAGCCUCGAUUUGAUUGCUCUGCUUCAGAUGAUUUUCUCAGACUGGACAGUCGCAAACUUGUCUGAAGAGAGCUCCAUUUUAACUUCGAUCUUCAUGAAAUACCUUUCCCUUAAGAGGUCAACCUGGUCGACUAACAGGGAAUCCAAUAAUUCAUGGAUGUCUACGAGAUGCCUGAGAUGGAUUACGAACCGCUUUUUCCGGCGGUGGUGCGGAUCCAUCCCAAAGUACAACCUUAUCGAGUAUUGCAUCCAAGAGCAUCCAAAGGAGGUUCACGAGUUCCAUGAUUAUCCCCGGAUUCUGUUCAAUAAAGUGAUCGGUUACUUAGGUAUGAAAGAUCUCCUCGACCACAUCCGGUAUGUAUCAAGGAAGACAUUCACUGAGAAACUAUGGAACUUCAUCUUCGAGGAGCUGAAGAAGAAGUCUCUGGUUGCGGCUGACCCCGAUGUCGCGAAAGGGAUAUUCUCGGCCCGGGGUGAGUGGGUCCUCCGGGACAUUGAGUGCAGGGAGCUGAUGCGGUACAUUGCUGAUGUGGAGUACGAUGAGAGCCUCCUGCUGUGGCACAUUGCUACUGAGCUCUGCUACAACUUGGACACUCGCAGAUCGGGAAGCAAUAGUGAUGACAGUUGCCGCGAGUUUAGCAAGACCCUCUCAGACUACAUGCUAUACCUUUUAGUCGUGCAAUCUGCUAUGAUGGUAUCUAUUGCGGGUAUCGGGCAGAUAAGGUUCCGGGACACAUGUGCCGAGGCAGAGAAAUUCUUUGCGAGCAAGGAGUUGUCGCUAUCAGCAGAUAUGGAACAACAAGGACAGCAGGCAUCAAAGUAUAUCCUUGCCGUGAACACUUCUGUGAGGCCAGUGGAUGUGAAGGGAGACAGGAGCAAGUCCGUGCUGUUCGAGGCAAGCAGAUUGGCCAAGGAGCUCAACAAGAUGGAAGAGAAGAAGAAGUGGGAGACCGUGAGCAGAGUGUGGGUCGAGUUGCUAUCGUACGCAGCCAGCCACUGCAGGGCUGCAGCUCAUGCCCAGCAGCUCAGCAAAGGCGGGGAGCUCGCCACAUUUGUGUGGCUGUUGAUGGCACAUUUUGGGCUCGGGGAGCAGUUCCAGAUCAACGAAGGCCAUGCCCGGGCCAAGCUCAUUGUGCGCAAAUAAUUACAAAGUUUAUUAAAUUAAUGCAUAAAGUGUACCGGUGAGUUCCAUAAACUGCUGCUCGUAACAUAGAAGUGUGACUCCGUGAGUGAUGGGAGGUCGAACAUAUCAGAGUCAGGCAACUUUAGGGGUGUAAUUAAUGGAGGUUUCCAGACUGCUUGUAUUGUCCAGCAACUGUGUUAAAACUUUAGUGGUGUGUUUAGUUUGAGAGUUAAAAAAGUAACUUAAUUUUGAUAGUGGAAAAUGACAAAUGAGGUGAGAUUAUAAAUUUGACUUGAGAAA